AAUGAUUGGAAUUCGAUGUCAUCCAUUUUAAGAAUGAAUUCUCUUGAUCAUAGUCUGUAUGUAUUUAACUAUAUAAUGUGUAAUGUGCAAUACAAACCGAGACCUGGUCAUAUAUACAUAUAUAUAUGUAGAUAUAUAUUUACAUAAACUAUCCGUAGAAGUUCUUUGCGUUAUUAGUCAAAAUUUUUGACAAGAACAAAUGGAAACAAAAAAAUUAAAUUAAAAAAAAAAAACAGUAGUUGAAAUAGAUUGUCAGUGGUUGAACAUGAUUAAUAAAUAGAAUUUUUAUUGUUUUGUGUGUGUGUGCAAAAUUUAGAGUUUCCAUUUAUUGCUUCAACUCGUACGAUAUUGUGAAUGUGUAUAUAUUUUUGAAUUUAGACGCCUAGUGGGAGGAAGAGCGGCAGCCAGCAGGUACAUAAGCGGUGCAGCCCUGGUAGGAACUAUCGAUAGAGUUCGAGCACGGCACAGCUGGCGAACAGUGCUGUGUAGCCCUGCUGAUACAAUUUCACAUUAACUAAGAGAGACCGCGGCGCAGCGGAGCCGUCAUGAAGAUGGGCAUGGGCUACACAGUACUCUCGCGUUUGCGAACCCUGGCACGCUACACAAUCGCAUACGCUUGUAUAACUCAUUGUACGUUCGAGUAUGUAGGGGACUUCGUUCUUUGCAAAGGUCCUUCGAUGGAGCCAACGCUGUUUUCCGAUAAUGUACUCCUAACGGAACGUUUGUCAAAAUAUUGGCGCAAGUAUCAAUCUGGCGAUAUUAUAAUUGCAGUCUCGCCUGUUAAUGCUAGCCAAUAUAUAUGCAAGAGAAUUGUGGCCGUGUCUGGUGAAAAGAUAACUACCCUUAAGCCCACUCCAAUAGAGGCCGAAACGGCGCCAAGGCAGCCAACUGAAGUUAAGAUGGUCACCGAUUAUGUGCCUCAUGGUUGUGUUUGGAUCGAAGGCGAUAAUAAAAGUAAUAGCUCGGAUUCGCGCUACUAUGGGCCCAUACCACUCGGUCUAAUACGUAGCCGAGUCGUUUGCCGCAUAUGGCCACUCUCAGAACUAACAAGCCUCUGAUCACCACCCAAGGCAAGAAACAAAUUUAUAGUUAUCUCUAAUUUUAUUGUAAAUUAACGACCAGUAUAAAUAAGAU